GUUGGCUUUUGCAUGUUACCCCUGUUGUCACACUAUCAACACUUUACACCACUAAAUUGUCUUAGCGAAGGAUUGGUGGAAUCAGGUAUACAUACGGUUGGACGGUCGGAGCAACGGCACUCACUCAUCCAAGAUGAGAAACCUGUGUCAACACGGGGAGGAAAGGAUUUGUUGCUUCAUUUCACCCCAGUGUUGGACUUUGUUAUCUUUCCUUGUCUUUCAACCCAGUCAUUCACAAAUACCCACAUUCGCUACAUGGCUUUGGCAGGAUGCCCGUUUGCCCAUCCCCACUGGCUGGGAUAGCCAGUGGUUUACACUAGAAAGGUUCUUCCUUCAUCGGACGAAAAUCGAUACCACCUUACUUGCUCGAUACGUGUCUCCCUUCGCUAUCAUUCUCUCCAUUUGCAAGCUAGUCAAGUCCCAUACAAUUCGGACGAAACGCCUAGAGCUGAAUAGAUGUGCAUUUGUUCCAUGAUUACAUUUUUCCUUGAGUCCAAGCAGUAGUAUUGGUCAUCACUCGUAAUCCGGUGCGGAAUUACGCCUUGCCUCGCUAACGGCAAGUGGGAAGUUCUACACGAAUCGCGGAGCCUCAGCAUGCCGAAACUAGGC